AGCUAUAGGCUGUUUUAUUAAGUCAUCUUGAAGAACUUAUGGAGGUAAGCUGAAAACAGCUCAUCCACCACCUGUUCAUGAUGAAGCGCGUCCUCCUAGUUCACAUUCUACCUCACAACCUAAACCAAUGCAUGAUGCAUAUACAAGUUCAUACGAGCAGAGUGCAAAUGCUGCUGCUAGAAAUGCUAAUAACUCUACAACAUCAGGCAUGCCUACUACUGAAACCAGAUCUUCAGGAGGUGGAAGUCAAGAAAUGGAUUUUAGAGAUUCGUAUUCUGAAAACAGAAGUUCAUUUCCUACUGGUCGGCAGAAUUGGAAUAUGGAAUUCAAGGAUGCUGCCUCUGCUGCACAGGCUGCUGCAGAAUCUGCUGAUCGUGCAACCAUGGCUGCAAGAGCAGCUGCAGAAUUUUCAAAUCGUGAAAACAUGAAAAGGCAGCAUUCAAGUGGAUCACAUAGCUCUCCUGGAAGAGGGUCACGAGAUGAAGCACCUACAGACUCUUCUGGUUUUGUUAAUAGCCCCAUCCGUAAAAGCAUUAAUUUUAUAUGUUUUGAAUAUGAUUUGACUUGGAAGAGAACCGAUUUUAUAAUAGAAUUUUGAUAUGAUUUUUUUUUAACAUUA